AUGACAUUCUGCAGACUUCGGACUCAUCAAUGGUGUUUCAUUCUGUUUAAUGUCGUACUAUUUCACGCCUUGCUUUUUGGGGCUGAAUUUAUGGAAGAAUACUUUCUGCACUCUCUGCCUCCUGUCAAUAUGAAAGUUCUUGAAAUUAAAGAUAAGGCAAGAAAAUUGAACAUGGAAUCUAUACGAAGUAUUCCCUCCAAAUAUUAUAUUCUGAGCCAGCCAGAGGUGUGUAAAGAAAAGAGUAUCUUUCUGCUCUCUCUUGUCUUCAGUAGUCCAGAAAAUAGAACAAGACGAGAUCUCAUUAGGAAAACCUGGGGUAAUGUGACAAGUGUCCAAGGGCACACCAUUCUUACACUGUUUGUUUUGGGAAUGCCUGUUUUGGUAACUACUCAGAAAGAGAUAGACAAAGAAUCCCAUAAAAAUAAUGAUAUAAUUGAAGGACUCUUUUUAGACAGUUCUGAGAACCAGACCCUAAAGAUCAUUGAAAUGACUCAGUGGGCUGUCAGUUUUUGCCCUAAUGCCCUAUUCAUCCUCAAGGUCGAUGAAGAGAUGUUUGUCAAUCUACCAACCUUGGUAGCCUACCUUCUUAAUCUGAAAGAACAUCUUGAAGAUAUUUAUGUAGGAAGAGUUAUCCAUCAUGAUAUACCCAACAGAGACCCUAAUAGCCAAGGAUUUGUCUCUCUUAGUGAGUAUCCUGAAACAUACUACCCAGAUUACUGCAGUGGUGAGGCUUUUAUAAUGUCCCAAAAUGUGGCCCGGAUGAUGUAUGUGGUUUUUAAAGAAGUAUCCACUAUGGUGCCUGCCGAUGUGUUUGUAGGAAUUUGUGCAAAGACCAUUGGCCUUAAACCUAUACACAGUUCAAAGUUUUCUGGAAAAAGGCAUGUCAGAUACAACAGAUGUUGCUAUAAGUUUAUUUUUACAUCCUCAGAAAUUAUUGAUGCUGAAAUGCCCUUGGCAUGGAAGGAACUUAAUGAUGGGAAAGACUGUUCACUAUUUGAGACUUACUAUGGGCUCAUUUCCUGCAAACUUCUGACAUACCUUGACAGCUUUAAACAUUUUCGCAUGGGGACCAUAAAAAACAAUGCUAUGUAUUUUGGUGAUUAA